GUGACCCAGAGCAUCCGGAAGUGGUCCGUUUUUUUCUCAUGGAAAGGAAGAUGGCGGUGAAUCAACAGCUGCACGACCGCUACAAAUUCUUAAACAUGACGUUCAGUUUAAUUUCUCUAUAAUGCAGCCGUGCAGGGUAAUGGACAAAGAUAGGUUUGCUUCUGCUUCCAGCUCUUGGCUGGAGAUGAAUAACUUUAUUGGUGACCUCAUGGCUUUUAGUGCGUCUGGCUCUGGUCAGCUACUGAAAUGCACUAACAAUCAAUCGCUCCGUACUGCCUGGGAAAGCAUGGCUUCUGAGACACCAGCACCUAAACCCUGUUACCCGGCUCAGACUGACCCACACAGCCAGAACCAGCGGAAAAACAUGGCAUCAAACAUCAGUUCUCAUUCUGGACAGAGGAUUGAACAGUCUGCAAAUGGUGAUGAGCAACAACUACGGCCAUUUGCCUGCACGUGCCCAGGCUGUCCUCUGUCCUCAGCGUCGACAUCCGCAUCCACUAUGCACCCGCUUUGCCUGAAAUCCAGAAACGGUUCUUCCUCUCAGGCUAACACAUCAAAAGCAUCCACAUCACAGUCCAAAGAGCCGAGCACAGUCGCGCUUGGCCUGGGCUCCUGUCUCAGCCUGGCUCUUUCUCUGGAAGAAAGAAACAGUGAGUCGACCAGCUUGUCCAACACCGAGCACCAGGACAAAGGCACAAACACACAUAGUCCCACACCUGCUUCAGACUCCAGCCCCCAGAUCUGCCCACCAGCUCUCCAGACUUUCCCCUGCUUCUGCUGCCAUCCAUGCCCUCACAUUCUGCAUCCACAGCAAGCAUCUGAAUCCCAUUUUGCCCACACUCAUUCUCACCACCACUACCACCACCACCAUCACCACUGCCCACUCGCUGCCUGCCUACUGUGCCGGCGUUCCUUUAACUGUACACAGCAGGAGGGCCACACCCAGCGCCAGCACCCGUGCAUGCACUGCUCUGCGUUGUUCAUGCGGCCCUCGCAACUGCUUCAGCACCAGCGCACCCAGCACUCAUCCAAAGCCGGCGGCUUCCUGUGCCCAGAGUGUGGCCGUGUCUUUAACUCACACAGCAACCUGCGUGUACACCUUAACGUGCACACAGGAGCACGGCCUUAUACGUGCUCUGAUUGUGGCAAGAGCUUCAGCCAGUCAGGUGCACUCAAGAUCCAUCAGCGUGUUCAUACAGGUGAGCGGCCUUACACGUGCUCCUACUGUGGCCGGGGCUUUCCGCACCUGGCUGGCGUCAGGGCACACCAGCGUAUACACACUGGUGAGAAGCCAUACCAGUGUGCACAGUGUGGCAAGGGCUUUACUCAGUCAGGAGCUCUCAAGGUCCACAUGCGUGUCCACACAGGUGAGAGGCCCUUUAUCUGUAAUCUAUGUGGUAAGGGCUUCUCCAACCGCUCCGGUGUCCGCUUUCAUCAGCGCACUGCACAUGGCAUUAUUACCGAACCUAAUUCCGUAGGGCGGCCGAGUCUGACCACCGGUAGCUCAGAAGCCCAGCAGAAGCAGACUGAUCAGGCAGCAUCUGCCCAGCCCCUGGAGCACAGGCCUUUUCCAAGCAGAAAAAACUCAGAGGGAGAGGAAGUGAGAAGUUCCCUUCCGUAUGGCUGUGAGGAUUGCGGCAUGCGCUUUCAGGAUGCACUCUCCAGAAACAGGCAUCAGGCAUUACAGCACUACUCCACUGAGGAAGAAGAUCAGAGUGAGAGACAUGGAAACGCACAAGAAGAACGUGUAGCCAAAAAGUCAUUGGUCUAAUUGGUCUAAUAACAUACAGUGAAUACCGGAUGCCAAAUGCCGGAAAAUAGGACUAGUCUAGGUCCAGACUGUCAGACUAGAUUUGUGUCCUUACAAAAACCUCUUGUCUAAUCAUUAUGGGGGGGAAAAUCCUUUUGUGUGCUUCUGUAUGUGGCCUUAAAUUAAUAAGAUUAAUAAUUUAGCACUUUUAAUUAAAAAUGGAUGACAAAUUCUAAAAAGAGUAUUUCAUUAGAGAUACUGAGGUUUAUGAGGAGUUUACAAUGUUCUCCAGUGUGUCCAUGUUACCCCUCCUCUAACUGUAAUUAGUGUUCACUGCUCAUGUGCAGAGAGGCAGUUUCACUUGUUAUAUUAUUAUUAUUAUUAUUAUUAUUAUUAUUAUUAUUAUUAUAGCAGGUCCAAGACCAAAGUGUGGCAGCUUAAGUGCUAUAAUGCUGGGUAUUGUGAAAGGUCAGUGCAGGAUGCAAUUCAUGGAGGUUGAAAGAGUCCGCAUAGUGAUUGAGUAAAUGUCCAGGGGAAAAAAGCUGGCAUGGGAAAAAUGGUCCUCAUGUAUGCCACAAUGGAGCAGAAGGAAGAGAAGGAAAUGCAGCUGGGACAUUGAGAACGAGAAAUGGACAAUUUUAAAUCUUCAUUGGCUAGAAUCUGCUGUGAUGGGGACAGUGUGAGCCAUGGCAGGACGUGGAGGAGAGGGAACAACAUAGAACAUAUACAGCCAAUGAAUCCGCCAGAUCUUUAUCCAGGACUUGCUGAGGUUGAAACAGUGAUGGACCACCACAGGGAGGUAGAGCAGGUUAAACCCAUAUGGCAGGGAUGGUGGGGUGGCUGAGUUUGAUGAGGAAUAAAAUCAUCAAUUAAAAGUAACCAUGUGACUGGGAAGUGCUGAACAAGCCAUUCUGAGGACACCAAACGAGGGCCCGGAGUUUAGCUCGCCUAUGUCUGAGACUGCAUCUGAUGAUAGACAAUCUGGGAGAGCAGGGCCACAGUGAGGAGAGGAGUACAUCAGGAAUACAAUCUAGAAACACAGCAAAUUUGACCUAUUAUGUAUUUUAAUGUACAUUUUAGGUAAAUUUUUAAAAUAUAACUUAUAUAACUAUUUUGUAUAGUUUACUGCUUUAACAUAGAGCACUUAGGACUUCACGUGUGACUAUGCAUGUGCGUACUUUUUGUAUUUUAAAAGUGACAUCCGCUAAAUGGCAACAAUUUUUAUACUAUAAUGGGAUACAAACACUUAAUGAGCACUUGGAACACAUGUACACCUAGUCAUUCAUGCAGUUAUCUAAUCCAAUCCAGCAGUGCAGUGCAUGACAUCGUGCUGAUAUGGCCAGCAGCUGUUAGUCAUUUUGACCUUGGCAUGAUUGUUGGGGCCAGAUUGUUUAGUUUGAGUAUUUUUUAUUUUUUUUAUAACUCUUCAGAUUCUCACACGCAGAGUCUUUAGAGUUUACUCAGAAUUAUGUAAUAAAUAAAAAAUGUGGGCAAUGCAGAAUGGCCAGGGCUGGUUUGAGCUGACAGAAAGAUUACAGUAACUCAAAUAACCACUCUGUACAAUUGUGUUGAGCAGAAAAGCAUCUCAGAAUGCACAAAACAUUGAGCGUUGAAGCAGAUAUGCUACAAUAACAGCAGUUCAGGUUCCACUUCUGUCAGCAAAGAACAGAAAGAUAUGUAUGAUGAAUCUUGAAUUCUGCUGAGGCUCACAGAUGUUAGUCAGAAUUUGGCACCAAAAGCAUUGUGGUGUGAAGCAUCCUGACUGGUAGAUGUGGGGUAAUGGUGUGGGGAAUGUUUUCGUGGCUCACUUUAUGCCUCUUAAUACCAAACAGUCAUCAGCCGAAUGCCAGUCUAUUUGAGUAUGCACCAUGAUAGCACCAUGUCACACAGCCAAAGCCAUCUCACUGGUUUCAUGAACAUGAUAAUGAGCUCAGUGUUCUUCCAGUGCCUUUACAGUGGCCUUCCCAGGCACCAGAAUCCUGUAGAACACUUUUGGCGAGGAAAAGUGAGAGAUUUGACCGGAGUCUCAAGCAAAUGUUUCCAACAUUUUGUGGAAUCCAUACUAUGAAGAACUGAGGCUGGUUUCAGAGCAAAGGGAGGUUCUACCUUGCAUUAGUACAUAUAUGUUCCUAAUAAAGUGUCCAGUGAGUGUAUUGAUCUCUGUAAAACAGUAUGGAAACACACACACACACACAAAACUCAGUCAUCGUGAUUGCUGUCAUGAGCUGUAUCUCAAAUUGAAAGCCGUAAGCAUAUUUUUAGAAAGUUUUUACUACAUUAUGAAUAUCCCUUGAAUGGAUUUUCAGUAGGUGUGUAAGCAACACAAGUAUUUUUGUAUUCAGACACUUAACCCUAAUAAAGAAUUUGUUUAGUGUUAAUGCUACAUAAAGUAUUGCCUACAUAGUAUUACAUAAUUAUGUCAUUUGAGACACAGCUCUAGUCUGUUCAUGCCAUUAUGAAUAUCACAUAACAUCAACCUACACUGCCUAUACUAUUGGUAUAUGUGGUAUAUAUGUUAAUUAGUAUUAUUUUUUUGGUUGUGUACAAUUAAAGCACCGAAUGAAUUCAA